UACAAUGUUUGUUUUGCUUCAGAUUAAUCGAAAAACUAGUUAAAUUUUCUCUUUCAAUCAAUUUGAUUUGUGUCACCGCACUAUUUAGUUUAUCAUUCAUAAGUUUGCAUUCUAUACCCCGAAAUGCCUCGCAAUCGGUUUGACUUUCAGUCGUUUUAACUCGAUUUAGAAGAGGACGAGAGCUCCGUCGCAUUUUAAAAUGGUUAAACGAGCACGAGGCCGAACGCAUUAACGCUUUUCUGUCAAAAUGAAGUGGAUUUAAAUUAGCAAACACAAUUACAGGCUGGGGCUUUUCACGAGAGCUCAUUAGCGAGGAUAAAUUUUACAUUGUCUUCAACCCAUUGAAAGCAAAACAAAAACAAGAUUGAAAGUCUCGCUUAAGUACUUUAGAAAAUAAUGUCGUAGAAAAGCUGAAAUUAAAUGUUGUCUUUGUCCGGCUGUUACGAUAAUGAAUAACAGUAUUAAAUAAAGGCUGGAGGCUACAAAACUGUAGAUUAGUAGGGCUGCCCGGAUAAUGAACCACCAUUCACACAAAUUUAAUAUUCUGGUUACAAUUAGAUGAAAUUCGCCAGGCUGGCCAUUCACAAGUCAGCCUCGCCGGGAGAAGCCGCACAUAAUGAUGUCGCUACGACAUAAGAAGCUAAAUUAAACGAGGUAAUUUCAGUUUACAUGCGAUACUGGAAAGGAAAGGAUAAAAACAACGACGCGUGGAGUUAAAAUCGUGAACACGUGAUAACGCGAAGAUUUACGAAAAGGAAAACUUGCCAGGAAUUAUAAAACGAAGUGACUGCUAACAUGGCUGCGACAAAAGUAGCUUUCCUCGACAUCCCGGUGGAGCGGAGACUGUGCCGGAGUUGCAACGAGCCAAUCAGCGACAAGUAUGUGUUGCAGGCCCUCGGCUCGUACUGGCACGAGGGAUGUCUUAAGUGCGAGUGUUGCGACAGCAGACUUGGGGACAUCGGGUCUUCCCUCUACAGCAAGGCUAACCUCAUUCUUUGCAAGAGAGACUAUCUUAGAUUGUUCGGUAUCCCAGGGGUGUGUUCUCACUGUAACAAACCGAUUGCCGCCUUUGAACUGGUGAUGCGCGCCCGCAAUAACGCCUAUCACAUCGAAUGCUUCGGGUGUCAGCGGUGUCGCAAGAGACUGGUGGUCGGGGAAGCAUUUUGUUUCCAUGACAACAAAGUGUUGUGUCUUGAUCGAUGCGCGAAAGAAGUAAAGGGACAUGAGCCCGCAAGCACACAAAAGACAAAACGACCGAACAAGAGAACUGCAAAGACCUGAUUGUACGACAGUCCUUGAAUUAACGCCUUGUGGUUGAAAUUUUGUCCAAGUAACCAGGCAUCAGCUACAAGAGAAUUGGAGGAAUGGCCAGUGCUGAAAAACGCAAGACUAGUUCCAGUACCGCGCGGUUAAACCAGCCUUUUUGUUUUGAAAUGGCGGCUUUUUACCGAUGAACUGUCACAUUUUGGCGAAUGCUAAGAAAACUAGAC